UCGCUCUUGUCCUCCCACGCGCUAUUGAGUCGUAUUUGGGGCUAGUGGUGACGUAAUCCACCGACCGAGACUUCUCAUUCAAACGGCGUUAGGUCAGGAGCAGCGAUGAAAGUAACCCUGACAUCCGGGACUUUAGGAUGAUUAAUAAACUUAUACAGACAAACGUGCGACAACAGGUAACGUAAAGUAGUUUACAAUAGCUAACCACGUGAAUGGUGAAACUAGGAGUAUGAUAACUACCACAAUUGCUACUAAAAGUUAUCCAUGGCUGGAUCCAGGAUUUGCUAGCCGCCCCCACCUUGAGGUCUAGCGCUGAGAAGGAAAAAAAAGAAAAGUCCCGUGGCUAAAGCUAACCGGGAUAACCGGAUCCGGUUGACAGUCGUUUGAUCUCUUGCGCCACUUUCUCCGCUUUAACGUGGGUGGUUACGGACUGGCGGCGCCGUCGACGUGAACCCGGACCAACUGACAACAACCGACGCCGUGUCGGUGGUUUGACAGCCCGCUAACGCGAUAAUGUCCGCUAGCUUGCUAGCUAGCUAGCUUAGCUUAGCCGGGCGUUAGCUUUAAGCAAAACAAGCGCUCCCUCUCCGGAGUCAGCUGACCGGCUGCUCGCGAGCUGCCAGCGGACCAGUGAUGGAUCAACUGAAAGUGAAGGACCGCAUAUUAGAAAACAUCUCCCUGUCGGUCAAGAAGUUGCAGAGCUACUUUGCCGCCUGCGAAGAUGAGACUCCAGCCAUCCGAAAUCACGACCGGGUCCUUCAGCGCCUCUGUGAACACCUCGACCACGCCCUGCUGUACGGCCUGCAGGACAUCUCCUCGGGCUACUGGGUCCUGGUCCUUCACUUCACUCGGAAAGAGGCCGUCCGGCAGAUCGAUGAGCUCCAGCACAUCGCGACCAACCUCGGUCGAAGCCGAGCAUGGCUGUACCUGGCGUUGAGUGAGAGCUCUUUGGAGAGCUAUCUACGCCUUUUCCAGGAGAACCAGGGGUUACUGCAGAAGUACUAUUUUAAGAAUGCACUGGUCUGCAGUCACGACCACCUCGCGCUCUUCCUCACGCUGAUGUCCGGCCUGGAGUUCAUUCGCUUUGACCUGGAGCUGGACGUGCCCUACCUGGACAUGGCCCCCUACAUGCCGGAUUACUACAAACCCCAGAACCUGCUGGACUUUGAGGAAAGGCUGCCCAGCUCCGACAGCUUGUCUCUGCACUCCUUCACCUCGCUCACCUCCACCAACCUGGAGUGGGACGACAGCGCCAUCGCCCCCUCCAGUGAAGAUUAUGAUUUCGGUGACAUCUUCCCCGUGUUGCAGUCAUUGCCAAGUGCAGACUGGGAAGAGGGUGACCUGACCGACCAGGCCAGCUGCCCGCGGUCCAGCGGCUCCGAUCCCCAGACGGUCAUCAGCGACACGGUGGUCCUUUCUACCGGCACCCUCAGGAUGAAGGCGGCGGCUCAGCCGGCGCCGCACAGCCCGACGUACAGACACAACCCCUUCAACGAGGACUUGGACACCAACACCUCCGCCGACGUCACCCCGGUCCACCUGGCCAGCUGCCUCCACGCCGUGACCGCCGGAGACGACACGGAGAGCACCGGCAACGAGCUGGAGGUCAUCAGGAUGGCCAGACGAAAGAAACCGGCCAAGAAGCGGCGGGGGAGGGGCUCCACGGAUUCCAUGAGCAGCCGCCACAACUCCGUCUCCUCGGAGCACGCGGAGAUGUCGUCGGAGGACGUGGACUCCCUGAACGGCGCCGCGGCGGAGCCGAGGAGGAGCCGGGUGGGCUCGCAGGUCGUGGAGGAAGGGGACGAGGACGGAGCGGAGGGCCUCCUGCGGCUCCCGGUGAUGACGGACACCUCCAUGGACGCCGUGGGCCAGCCGCUGCGCGACGUCAUGGACCGGCUCAACGGGCCUCUGGACGGGGAGGACGUCUGGGCGCGACGGGGGGAGAAAAGCAACGACGCGGGCCGCGACCGGGGUCCCGAGCCCCCGGCGCGGUCGCCCUUUCGAGAGAACUCCGGCGGCGAGCCACCCGCCCCCGCCCCCCGAGAGGCGUCUCUCUCCCUGCGGGCCCCUCCCGCGCCUUCAGACGUACGCUGCUUUGCCGCCGACAGUUCGGGCUCUCCUCCCACGGGUGGUGGCCACGAUGACGCUCCGGAGCUUAGCCAAUCGGAAGCUCUUCCAGGUGGCCUCGAAGAUGAUGGAGAUGCAAAAGCGCCGGCGGGACGGGAGGCCGCGAUGAAGACCGGGGAGGAAGACGCGGAGGAAGGAGAGGACGCUGGUAAAAAAGCAUUUGCUGAGGAAGCAGAGGAUUCUCAUCCGGCAGAGUUUACUGUGGACAACAAUCACUUGCUUCUUCUCAUGAUUCAUGUGUUCAGAGAGAACGAGGAGCAGCUCUUCAAGAUGGUGAGAAUGAGCACAGGCCACAUGGAGGGCGACCUGCAGCCCCUUUACCUGCUGCUGACUGACUGUUACGUCUACCUGCUUCGGAGGGGUGCAGCAGAGAAGCCCUACACAGUGGAAGAGGCCGUCUCCUACAACGAGCUGGACUAUCUUUCAGUGGGCCUUGACCAACAGACCGUGACGGUGGUUUGCACCAACAGACGGAGAAAGUUCCUGUUGGACACGGCUGACGCCUCUCUGACUCAGUGGUUCCUGUCUGUUCUCAAGUCGGCCAUGGUGAAGGGUUGUCGUGAGCCUCCUUACCCCUCUGUGCUGACGGACGCUACCAUGGAAAAAUUGGCUCUCACAAAGUUUGUCUCCCAGGAGUCCCAGUGUGAGGUGUGUGAAGUGUCCAUCCGACUGUAUUCACUGGUCCACUGGGACGAUCCUAUGGACAUGACUCUGUCACCCCAGGGUGGCCCGCCAAUCGCCGGCCGACCUUCCAGCACCAAGGAGGGCGCUCUGCAGUACCGGGUGGGGAGCACCUACCUGGGCAAAGAGCUGUGGAAGAGCUGCUACCUCGUCCUCAGCAAGGGGAUUCUGUACCUGUACGCCGAGAGGGCCGAUGUGACGCCCGUGCUGUCGGUCACCAUGAGAGGCGAGCACUGUGGAGGAUGCCGGCGCUCCAACAGCACCGAGCGGCCCCACGCCUUCCAGGUCGUCCUGACGGAGCGGCCGGCGCUGGAGCUCAGCGCCAACAACGAGCAGGACAUGGCCGACUGGAUGCUGCUGCUCUGCCAGUCCGUCUCCAAAGGGGUCAUCCCUCAGGGUUUGGCCCCCACUCCAUGUAUCCCGUGUUGCCUGGUGAUGACGGACAGGAAGCUGCUCACCUGCCAUCAGGACUGUCAGACCAGCUUCUUCCGCUCGCUCGGCAGCGCCGAUAUCUGUGAUGUCACUUCCGUCAGCCUGGAGGCUGACAAGGAGUACUGCGUCAUUGAGUUUGCGGCGGAUCGCUCCCACUUCCUCCCUCCGUGGGUUUUGUACUUCAGCGGCUGUGAGGAGAGAGACCGACUGCUGGAGGCGCUCGACCGCACCUGGAGGGAUGUUUACCAGGUCGAUCUUCCUCACAGACAAGUCUUGGAUCCGCCCGUGCAGAAGCGUUGCGGCGAGGCCCUCGUCCUGAUGAACAGCGCCUGGCAGAGGGCGGACAGUCUGGCCCGAGGCCGAGCCCAGCGCGAACCCUGGUGCUGACAGACACACACACGCGCGCACGCUUACCCUUUUGUACCUGUCGGGCGGCCGCUGAGACGGACUUGAUGGGUCAGAGGUCUGGUAUCGAUCCAGGAUAGAAGGAGCUAACGCCGGGAUUCAAUCUAAACUGAUGCUGUGGUUCCCUGGCGACGCCCUGCAGGACUUUUCUCACUUGGAAGUGAAAUGAAUCGAUAUUAACGGAACAAUACAAACAGACGUGUGUUUGAUUCUAGUGACGCAUUGCUCCAUUAUUCCUGUUUUAUGAGAGCUUCGUAAGAAAUAGCGGCAACCGUGAACCAAUACGCGGAAACGAUUGGUUCAAACGAUACGACUCUCGCCGAUAAUCCAUUAUUAUUAUUAUAAAGAAAACACGCCCCUUCAAGAAAUGGCCGACGGAUUUAAGAAUUCUGCCUCGACUUUGGGAUGUGAACGGGGGCCGAUGAGGAAACGCACAUUGAGGAAGCUGAGCGGGGAGGAAGACGAGGAGCCGCUACCGGCAGCUUCCCUGCACAGUAAAGAAAAUACUUAUUAAAAAGUGAUUUACGGUUUACGGAAAAAAAAUAUAAAAUAUAUAAAAAGCCAUAAAUGAAGGGGGCAGUUGAUGCUUGUUUUGCUACCUGGAAGAAGUUCACCCUCCUUUGCCUUGGGCACACAGAAGUGAUGAUCUCUGACCGGCACAAGUCACACACACACACAUCUGUGUGAAGAUGCCAAGUCAACCGGUACCACAAAGCAGAUGUACAGCGCCGUACAGUACCGAGGCAUCAAUCACCGGCGGUUGCGUAAUGUCUGACAUUCAGAUUUAAGGUCGUCGAAGGUCACACGCCUCUACACUGAAUCCUCGCCACAUCGGACGUGAGCGUGAGAGAAUGAAGGUCUGGAUACGAAGAACAUCUGGAUGCUUAACAGACUUUGUUCAUGCUCCCCGUUUGAGAACUCUCUUUCCCAAUUUAAAUGUUGUCACACGUUGAUUAAAAACAAAAGAAGACACCAAAAAAAACGUAUCAGGAAAUGCAACAGACUUGCCUUUUCUUUUUUUUAUACCUCCACUGAAGACUCGAGUGGAGGCUUUCCACGCAGACUUGCACAUUUGUUUUUUGCCGUUAGUCUUUUUUUGUAAUGGCACCAGUUAUGGUUUUGUUUUAAUAUCAUAACGUGCUUUUUGUAUGACCUUUUUGCAGAGACAGUGGGAACAAUUGUUCCCGAGUUAUUGAAUCGAGUGACUGUCACGGCGUCUGACGUACACUUAUUCGCCUUUUCGCGUGGGGAAAGAAAAAAUGGAGGAAGACUCCCGGUCCAGUGUGAAGAAUCUGUUCCCGACCCGAGAGCGACAAGUUGUGUCUCGGGUCACCUCGGGCUGCACAGCGUCAUCGGGCCGCUCCACUACAUCAGAAACCCCCGUUCCACACGAGUCUUUGUGGUGUAAUGGUCGUAGAAUCCUGACCAUCUCUAAGACCUGCGGUUCAAGUCUUUAGCGACACCUUGUGGCUGUGAGCAGCCAUUGCAGGCGUCUUUUUCUGGAGGGAUGGAGAACUGCGUCACCAAACAGCAGGUGAUCUCUCCCAAUAGAUGGCAGGGUUCAUACGGUCAUGAAAAAACUGGAAGUCAUUGAAUAAAAAAAAAAAUUCCAGGCCUGAAAAAGUCCUUCGAAAAAAAAUGUAAUUUCCAAAAGUCAUGGAAAAGUUGUUAUAUUCACAUGUUCAUUUACGCAGUUUGAUUAAAAGAAUCAACAUUUAUAUCAAUAUUUAUUCUUUUAAUCAAACUAUUGUCUCUCAUUCCUUUGUAUCAUUUAAGGUUGUGUAUACACUGAGAUUUCACAACAUUUUUGGUCAUAGAAAUUUGGUUUAAAGUCCUUGACCUCCAUUACUGAGAUUUCACAACAUUUUUGGUCAUAGAAAUUUGGUUUAAAGUCCUUGACCUCCAUUGGUCAACAUGUGUAUGAACCCUGAGAUGGUGACUUUGCAGACAUUAAUUUAACAGGAACAUGCUUACUUCUUGAGAGUGUUGCUGCUGUUCUUCGCAGAUGUAAUGUUUGUAUGUAGCCUGUAAGUAACAUCAACGCUUAACUUUGGGGAAAAGACCCUAAACCAAACCCUCUAUUGUCUCCCUCCAACUUCUCGGCGGAUGGCGUGUGUUUCGAUCUGUCCUCAACAUUAACACUGAUCUGAGUCUAACUGCUCUCACGACAAGGCUGUGAUUUUUAUUUUUUUGCAAUGACAAUGUUAGUUUUUUUUAUCAACCGUGCCUGAACUGGACAAAAAAAACAACCUUUCCACUAAAUGGCGCACAUUUUUUUCCUUUUUUUCCCCGCGAUGACCUCGUCCUGUGCGACUUAGCCAACCUCGUCGUAAACACUCGAACAAUCUGCUCCGGUUUACGGUUUACGUUUUGGUUUCUUUCCUUUAUCAAAAUGAGUCAAAUAUGAAUCUAAAGUAUUUAGGGGCUGGAUAUCGACCAUGAUGCUCUCAAAAUACGCCGUCUUUAAAGUCUGAAUUGAGCAUCGACUGUUUGCACAGAGUGCUUUCUCGUUGUUAUUGAAUCAGGAUUUUGUCUGUAAAAAAGCAAGAACCCUAUUAUAAAAAAACUAAAACAAAUGUUGUUGUAUUCAGCAAAGUCUGAUACUGAAGAAAUACAAUUUGGGUUUAUUUAUUUUUCCGAAACCUUGAAGUGACACUCGUAUGCCACUUAUUUAUUGUACGUACGACAUGUUUCUCUCAGUCCCACUGUUACCGUCACGUCAGCAUUACUCCGUGCUUGAAGCCUUUCUAAGUGCCACUUUGUCGCAUUUGUCUUUUUUCCUUCUUUUUUACAAAGAAAUCUAAUCUCAGGUGAAAAAAGGUACGUCGCACCCAGAACCGUAACUCUCACCGUGUGUUUUUUUAAAUUUUAGACGCUUUGUUUUGUUUUCUUAUUUCUUCUCAUUUUUAAUAUAUUUUUUUGUAUUUUGGUUUGAUGCAGCACGAUUUUUAAGUUAUUUUGCGCACACACACACACACACACACACACACACAAGGCUGAAAAGUCAUGUUGGAAAAAGGUUUUAUGUAAAAAGUCCUUUUUUAAAAUAAUUAAGUGGGUUUUCCGAAAUAGCGUUGGUAAGUUGUGUCGUUCGUCGAAUGUGGGACAUUGCUGGCCAAUGGUGGGACGACAUCUUCUGAGUGAUGCAUUGUGGGGGGGAAAGAGCCUUUUUGAUGAUUUUGUUUGCAUCGAUAUCACUGCAUGUAAUAUGUGUGUAUAUAUAUAUAUAUAUAAGAUGUUUAGCGGUUUAAUUGAAUUGUAAAAAAAAGAGUGCUAAUCAAAUAUAACAUACUGUACACACACAGACACACACACACACACACGAGUACGUGCAUGUCCAGAAGGUUUUUACACUGUUCAUAAUGGUAACGAAUGUACAAAGAUGCCUUUUUUGUGGUUGGACGGCGUGACUGAAUAAAUGUAAAAGUAAGCCCCGCC